CGUCCAUCGCCGGACAUGUUAGGCGCUGCGAGUGUCUCACCUUCCCGAGUGCGAUUUAACAGUCGUGUCUUACUGCGGGAGGCCGAAUUUGCGGAAAGGGAAUGCAGUAGCAGCAACAGUGGCAGGAACAACAACAAUUGUAGUACAGUCGGUCACGUGACGGCACACCGUCAGCCGACGACGUACCGUCGAUACCGUCUGUCCGCCUGUUUCCACUGGCCCCGUCAUGGCGUCUGUCAUCAAAGGUGCGGCAUUCACGAUAUCGUCCUAAAACGCAUGCACGUACGCUCAGUGGACGAUGUACUUAACGUAUUUACGUUAGGCAUUACUACCACUAUUGUCACUGAAUCAUACGUUUCCGCAGACACAGGCGAGAUCUGGAGCAGAUUGUUCGACCAUCGUCCAUUUAUUCAGGGGGAGGUCACAUUCUUUCUGCGAGAGUUUCAGGAAAGAAGAUCUGACAGGGAGGUAGAACGCCUGUUUAAGAUACUUGAAUAUGCAACCGAACUGAAGGAGAGUCAGCUGGAUCGCAUCGAGCAGCUGGGCGAUUGUCAUUUACCCAGUCUCAAAGCGAACGUGGAUGUCGCUUUGAGUAUGUGCAAUAGUGUUUUACAAAGGGAAGAAAAUUUUGAUAGCGACAACGUUUUGAGCGAAAACAGAUCGCUUAGAAAGAAGGAGUGGGAAAGAUUCAUAAAUGAUAUGAGUGACAAAUGUCAGAAAGUAGAUCAGACAUUCCAGGAGAAGGAAAACGAAAUACAGGAGUUCUACAUUGACCUGGAAAAAAAAUUGCAUAUUACGCCAUAAGAAUAACAAUAAUUUUGAGGUCUAUUUAUCUAUGCUAUUGCCUCUCUCUUAGUAUUUCGACGUUUAGUAUAAAAAUCUAAUUUUCUUAAGAUAGAGAGUUGUAAUUAAUUCUAUUAAGACAUUAAAUCUAUUUAGAUAUGCCACUAGA